ACAAACGAGUUAUACAAUAACAAAAGUGUUUUAAAACAAAGCAGUAGCGAUAUUUAUGAAUGGAUAAACUAGAUUAUCGAUUAACGAAUUUUUAAGAGCUAGUAGUAAAUUGGACGCAGUUUGCAUUGUAAUUUACAAAAAAUAUCUAUCGAGGUACUCACGAAAAUCAUUUGCUAUAAUAUCAGACCAAAUUGGAUGAUGUAAUUAGUACCAGCUUCCUUAUUUUCUGUUAAAUACGAUUCCCGACUUCACCACAUAGCAAUAACGUGUUCAAUCAUCUUCAGACCAAUUAACGAUAAACAAUUUUCUGUUGUAUAAACAGUACGCUAGAAGUACAACAUCAAAAAGGUUUAUAAUGCGAGGCGAAUACAACUUAAUAUCCUCUAAUUUCAGAAAUAAUUUCAAAGACAUGGACAUCUGGUUUCUUUUAUCGGUGUGUUGCAUUUCGGCAGUGGCGUCCUUUGGGGGCAGCGAAGACAAAUUCAUAAAAAAAUAUGCCAUGAUGAAGAUCUAUGAAAGUUGUUUCGGGUCGGAUGUGGUGAAACAGAUCCGCAAAGAGAUGAAAGUGGCGGUGACCAAGUGCACCACGAUCGAGAUGCCUCCAUCGACGACUCCGGCAACAAUCCCGGAGGACCCGCAACACGACCAUCAGCCACCAUCAUCUGCACCAGGACCAAAUUCGGUAUUUCCAAACAAUCAACCGCCGAUCGAUAUUGAAAAAUUACAUCAAGCAAUUUUGGCAUACCGACCAAACAACAUAAAUCAACCAGCUCUCAGACCAGCGCAAGGUUUCUCAGCUAUACCACCAAGUAGUUUUUACAGUCCAAUGGCAUACGGCAACACCGGUUUCCAAGGUGGUUUUCCAUUUUACUACCCAGGGUACCAACAAGUACCCUUUUCGCCCUAUUCGCCAUUACCUAUCAUCGGCCAGCAAUUUUAUGGCAGCAACAGGAUGUCGAGAGAUAUGGGCAUCAAAGGGCAAAUAGAAAUUCUGGCUUCGUCGAUGAGCAACCGCGUAAAGAACGUGACCUGCAUCAUGCAAGAGCUGGGCUACCUAGAUGAAAAUUUGGAGCCCAACUUCAACAGGAUUACGGAACGCAUCGGAAAUUUGCCGGUAGAUGAAGAGCUCAAGCACGAUAUGCAAGACGGUCUUCACUUUUGCCAGCAAUUUUCGCAAUGCGUACCCGAAAUUAAGAAAGAAAAAUCGCCACUGUCUCGCGAAUUGAUCCGGCCGAUGUUUUUCUUCAAAUGUUAUAAACACAAGAAGUUGGAAGCCUGCAUUAUGAAAGACGUCAGAGAUAAGUACGCAGGCGUGUCAGACGAUGAACUCGAUGCGGAUAUGGAGCUCAGAAGACAAAGCAAAUCUACGAAAUUGCCGAGCGACAAAGAAAAAGAAAUUGAAGAUCUAACUGCGUCUAUGUACGAAUUCUUGUACGCUAGCGACGGAGGAUUUGACAUCGACGGAAUAGUGUAAUGCAGAGACUAAAGACUCUCUUAAUGCUGUU